UGCGCCGUGCCGGCCGGGGCCUCCUUCCUUCUCGCCCUGCACCGCCGACAUGGUGUUCCGGCGUUACGUGGAGAUCGGCCGGGUGGCCUACAUCGCCUUCGGGCCGCACGCGGGCAAGCUGGUGGCCAUCGUGGACGUCAUUGACCAGAACCGGGCGCUGGUGGACGGCCCGUGCACGCGCGUGAGGAGGCAGGCCAUGCCGUUCAAGUGCAUGCAGCUCACCGACUUCAUCCUCAAGUUCCCGCACAGCGCCCGGCAGAAGUACGUGCGCAAAGCGUGGGAGAAGGCGGACAUCAAUACGAAGUGGGCGGCCACCCGGUGGGCCAAGAAGAUUGACGCCAGGGAAAGGAAAGCCAAGAUGACGGACUUCGAUCGCUACAAAGUCAUGAAGGCCAAGAAGAUGAGGAAUCGACUCAUCAAGAACGAAGUGAAGAAACUGCAGCGAGCCGCUCUCUUGAAAGCUUCUCCCAAGAAAGCCCCAGUGGCCAAGGCCGCCAUCGCUGCCGCCGCCGCCGCAGCUGCCGCCGCCAAGGCCAAAGGCAAAGGCUCAGCCCCGGCCAAGAAGGGCGACGCCACCGCCAAGAAGCCCCCCGCCCAGAAGGCCGCCGCCCCAAAAGCCGCGGGAGCCAAGGCUGCGCAGCCCCCCAAGGCACAGAAAGGCCCAAAGCCCCCGGCCACCAAGCCGGCCGCCCCCAAAACGGCCGGCAAGAAAGCCUAGCGCGGAUCUCGCGAGGAAUAAAUGUUUGCUUUAUGUUGGCA